AUGGAAGAAGUCCAAGUGGAACCGCUGAUUGUAAAUCUUUCUGACAAUGUAAGUUCCUAUACUGCUUCUUUCUACUUCAAAAAGCAAAGUUUUACAAGAAAAUUUUCGGCAUAACGAAAAAAGUGCGGUUUCUUUAAAAUUUAUCAUUUCCGACUUCCGUUCUGAAAAUUCCUUGAAGAAACUGCAAUAUACAAAUUUUCAAUUUUCGCAGCAAAAAUCGAUGACAUUUCAGGAUGACAGUCUAACGGCUGUUCCAGAAGAUCCUGCCGCCAAUCCAGACGUCAUUCUUCUCGACGAUGAUGACGGCGAUGUAGAAAACGAGGCGACGUCGAACGGAGCAGAAGAAGCGACGACGAACGGAGAAAAUCGAGAAAACGGAACAGAUGCGAAAGCCGAAGAGCAAGUGGAAGACGAGGAAGAGGACAAUCCUUUCGCCGAUGACGAGGAUUCCGAUGAAGACGGUGGAGGUGUUCAGGUUACAAUCAGAAAAGUGGAACCAAUUGAAGUGAGUUUCAAUGUCUUCAACUUCUAUUCAUUCAACGUUCACGUUUCUAGAAACCAGCUGCGCGUCAAGGUAAACUGGACUUGGACUCCACUGUGAUGGUCAACGACAAACCAAUCUACGAUCUCGAUCUGGCACAGAUGGAAGACCGCCCGUGGAGGAAGCCUGGAGCCGACAUCACCGACUACUUCAACUAUGGAUUCACCGAAGAAACGUGGAAUUUGUACUGCGAGCGUCAGAAAAAGCUUCGCGCCGAGUUCUCCAAUAAUCAAACGGCAGCCAACAACGCUCUUUUCUCCAACAUCAAAAUAUCCAAUCCGCUUGCAAAUCCAGUUAUCAAUACUUGUAGGUCAAGGAUUACCAGGAUUUUGUCAACAAUAAAUUUCAGCAUCAAGUGUCGUCAAAGUGCUCACAGACAAUGGAGGAAGAUUCAAGCAGCCAUACAACCCGCCGCCCACGCACCAGGUGCCCACAAACAAUGAGCAGGUCAUUCGGACAGUUAUCACUGGAAGCAGUUCCACAACCACUACAAUCGGAGGCGGAAUGCAGCCGAAUCCUAUCAUGGACUUUACGAAGCCGCCACCGGGAAUGUCGCUUCCACCACCCGGAAUGCAGCCGCCAGCCAUGCUGCCCACGAGUGCUCAAGGUAAAUUUCUAAAUGACGACGACUUACAUUCAAUAGAAUUCAAUCUUUCAGAAGCACCUCCAGGAGUGGAUGGUAUUUCGGAGAGGCCACCAGGCGUCGAAACAGCUCCAGGAGUGACGUCGUCUAUGCCUUCAUCGGGCGGCCUGGAUCUUGGUCUCGGUCUUGGACUACCUCCUCUAGGUUUCAAUCCGAACAUGCCACCGCCCGGAAUGCCGCCUGGAAUGGGCCCAAUGGGUAUGCUAUCGACGAGCAUGCCGCCACCGGGAUUCGGAAUGCCUCCGCCAACGUUCGGGCACUCUAGAGCUGGAUUCGGUCCAGGUCCAAUUGGAAUGGGCGGCCCAACAGUACCGCCGAGAAGUCUAAUGUCUGCUGGACCGUUCCCACAGCUCAGCGACGAUGAUGAGGAGAGAAGAAGCUCGCGGCGGAAGAGGUCGAGAUCGCGUAGUCCAAUUCGUCGUGAUCGUGACCGGGACUCAAGACGCAGAGGGGAGCGCGAGAGUGAUCGAACGUCGUCAAGAAGACAUCGGAGUCGGAGCACUUCUAGAGACCGCCGGCGCCGUCGUGACGACCGCGACCAGGAGAAGCGACGAGAGCGCAGAGACGACGACGAUCGAAAGAAGAAGAGUAGCCGUCGCGGAGACGACGAUGAUGAUCGCCGCGAGAGCAGCAGCAAGAAAGAGAAGAGCUCUAGAUCUCGAGCAGAAGACGAGGAUAUCACGGGUGCCAACACGGUUGAACAGGAUCCAGUUGUCGAAUGA